CUGGAACGGGGUUUCUAUAAAAACUAGGCUGACGAAAUCGGGCUAUCUAAUCUCCGCCGUUCUCUCUUUCUAAUUCUCUAAUCCUUUUGAAAGGCUGACGGGAUUUGGUCCAACGACUUGCUCCUUGUGGUGAAACUCUGAGAUCCUGCUGGCCCAGUCUUGGAACUCUUUUUUUAUUUUAUUUUUUAUUUUUUUAUUUUUUAUUUUUUAUUUCCUUUCCUUUCCCUUUCCCUCUCCCUCCCGAUCCCGGAUUCCCAGGGUCCGAUCUGGGGAUUGGGUUGGAAAGGUCGGUCGGUUGGUUGGGGUUACUCGGUUCGUUUUGCAUUAGGUUAAGAUGUCUGUUAGGAUAGAGCUUGAUAGCCGGGGGAGUGUGCUUACCUGCUUGGACUAUGUUACCGGCAAGGUAUGGCUGUCGUCCUUCUUUUCCCCGUUCUAGCUCCCGGUAUCGUCAACGGGCGAGGCUGACAAUGACGACGUCGGAAGGUGGUAAUGAACACUGUCAAUGAUGAGACCAUUUCCGCAAUCACCGUCAAGAUGGAGGGAAUAUCCAGAACCCGCUUAAUCCCGCCUAGGAAUGACGAAGGCCGGGACUCGAAGCGUGCGGAGGUUGAAAUCCACAGGGUGUGUCAUUCAAUAUCCCUCCCCCUCGCUCUCCUCCCCCGCCUGUAAGCGACGCUGAUCGAGUUAUGGCAUGACAUCUAAAUAGCUCCUAUACCUCGUCCAGACGGUCUUUCCGUCGCCCGAAAUCAGAGAGAACACAUCCGCCACAAACCCAGGAUACACACUCAAGCCCGGACAGUACGAAUAUCCGUUCAGCCUUCGCAUAGCGGUUAAUAGUCAGUGCACGGAAGGGCCGGGUGCCGGUGGGAAUCUUUUGCAGCGGCUCAGCUUUGACAAGGGGACUAUGGACUAUGCGAGGGAUGGUCGACAGCAUCGUCCUGGGACUUUACCCCCGAGUUUGAGUGGGAUUCCGAAUGACGAGGCUUGGGUUAGGUAUUUUUUGAAGGCUACUGUCAUUAGGUAGGUACGGUGGACCAAUUUACGGCAUGUUGGUUUGCAGCGAAGAGUGGAGGGCUGAUGAGAAGGUGACAUAGACCGAAAUUCUAUAGGAUUAAUCUACGUGCAGUGAGUUUGUACCGGCCGUUUUCACGGAUGGAGAAAGUGGGGUGCUGAUGGGCCUAGUUUGACCCCUUCGUCUUUCUACCGAUUGAACCUCCACGACCCCCACCGACUACAAACGAGACCUAUGCGAAGCGCCAGCAUCAGUUCAUUUACAAUGCCUCUCCAGUUACCAGGAAGCGUAGUCUCUUUGGCGCUUUCCGCCAGCAGGCGCCAGCGAUCAACACUGCACCUAGGACGGUCCAUUUCUCCAUCGAAGCCAGACUUCCAUCACCUCCGAUUAUAGUCCCCAACGCACAGCUACCGUUGAGAGUGAUACUGGUCAAGCUAGAGCCCUACACAACGCCGGUGUUUAUUCGAAGCUUGCAGAUUCACCUGCUCGCUUUCACAGAGAUUACAGCACAUGAUCUUAAGAAAAUGGACAAACGGAUAAUCACUUGCCUGAGUCUGACAGGCCUGCAAAGCCCUCUCGAAUAUGACUCCCAAGCUAUCGGACAGGAGAUUGAGGCUGACUCUAAGCUUUGGGCGAACGCUGCACUGCCCGAUAGCGUUCCCCCAAGUUUCAGAACUUGUAAUAUCUGGAGGACUUACCAGUUGGAGAUUGUCCUUGGGCUAUCGCACGGGUACGUCGGGCCGAUAGAAGUACCUUCCCCCCGACAAACUCCCUAUCCGGUGGCUGCUAAUGAGAUAUAGAUGGUACCCCUGACCCUCCCAAUCGACGUCUACUCUGGUAUCAAACCACCCCAAAGACUCCUCGAAACCGCCCGCCAUCCGAUAGCCCCGCGGUUCCCCCCUUUACCCACAAAGGAAUACGUCCCGCCGUUACCCCCUAGAACACCAACAACCCAAUCCCUUAAGGUCCCAACAGCAGCCUUCGGCGGCUACAAUUCUACGAACCACUCGCCGGUAUCCUCACCUGUAUCUCCCUCAUUUCCUCCGCGGCCGCAUUCUAGCUCGGGUGGGGGUGGUGGUUGGGGAGGGGGAAAUGGCGGUGGGGGCGCAUGGCCAGGUCCGAGGCCCGGCAGUGUUAUCAGUAUAGCUCCAGAAGAUGAUAUUCCGCCACCGACGUAUGAGGAUACGAUUGCGGAGGAUAUUGGUCCUGUGGAUGGGCCAAGGAGGAGAUAUGAGCAGGAGGGGGCGUAUUAUGGUGCGUUGCCGGAUGAUGUGCAUUCUUGAGUUCGGGGUGGAGUUGUGCAGGGGGCUGGUGGAGGGGAUUACCAGAUGAGUGGGUGGGGAGUAAUGCCGCCAUUAGAUGAGGUAUCAUACUGGGUAAUAAUUUCUUUUGUCUCGUGGGCCCUGACGAGCUUUUGGGUGGGAGUGAGAUACGGGUGACUGCGGAUGCGGGAUCUUGAGAUAGCUGUCGAGAGCAGCGGCGAUGUUUUCCACCCGGUUUGCUCUUGGGCGCUCCAGGGUAGAUUCCUUCAGAGCUUUGAAUCUAGUUAUGAUGGUUUCUUGUGCUUGCAUUGCCGCCUCACCCGAAAUAAGCACCAUCACAAGUACUCCUUUAUUCCUCCUUUUGUUUGUUACUUGUGUGAAGACUGGCACAAUCUUAGGGUGGAUGGGAGAAUAGUGCAUAUAUAGCUUUAAUGUACCGCCAUGCAUUCUUUGG